UAAAUAUUUCACUUCAAAAAAUUAUUUUUUGUCAAGAACUGUCUUAAAUAUUGAGUUUUCAUUUUGUUUUUAAUCGAGUCCAUGAAAACUCUGCUAAUAACUGCGCGUCAGGAAAAUAAAUAAACUCGAAAAUGUGUUUAUAUUUAAUUAAGUAUGAUUUAUUUAAUGAAAGUAUAUUAUUUUAAUAAUAUUUUCCAGCUGAUAAUAAAUCAUUUUUUCGAAUGAAGUUGAACAUAAUCUGUAUGAUAAAAAACACGGUUUAUUAUAAAUAUAACAAAUAUGUAAGCCUGAAAAUAAAAAUAAUUACUUUUAAAUAAGACAGUUAUGUAGUUCCCGAGUUGUAUCGGUUUGAGUAACAGUAAAUUCAGCUGAAAACAUAAUGGAGGAUGAAGAAAGAAAAAUAGUACAAGAAACAUACCUUUUGCAAGCAUUAGAUAAACUAGGACAAGGUUCUCGAUUUCUUUGGAUUAUUUUCGCCAUUAAUAUGUUCAUAGCCGUACUCGAUGGAAUGAAUUGUAUGUCAUAUGUUUUUAUAACUGAGACACCUGACUAUUGGUGUUUUAUUCCAGAGCUUGUAAAUGCAAAUUGGACUACUGGCCAGCUCAAAAGUGUAUUUCCUGUUGAUAAAUGUCAAAAAUAUGAUUACGAUUACAAAAAUCUAGCGGAGUUGGGGUAUGAUAAAGCUAUAAAAUCUAUCGAGAAUCUUGAGCUUAAACCAACGACUAUUCAAUGUACAUCGUUUUCGUUUAAUGACAGUGAACGGCAUACAAUUGUGAACGAGUGGGAAUUGGUUUGCGAAAAAAAUUUAUAUCGAGCGAACACAUUUUUAGUCUAUGCACUGGGAAUGAGUUUUGGUUCAGGCAUAUUAGGUACUUAUUCCGACCGAUAUGGACGUAAAAAUUCUUUGAUAGUCAGUAUAAUAUUACAAGUUAUUUUUGGACCUUUAACUGCAUUUGUCCCAUGGUUUUGGGCAUAUAUGAUUUGCAGAUUUUUCACAGGACUGAGUAUAAGCGCUAUGGCUUCUUCAGCGUAUACACUUUUGUCAGAAGUAACCCAAAAUAAUAUGAGGAAAAGUUUAUCAGCUUCUAUCGAUUCAACAUUUUCUGUUGGGACUUUUUUGCUGACAGGUAUGGCCUUUUUUUUAUCAGAGUGGCGAUAUCUACAACUAGCAUUAUCAUGUUUUGUUCUUCCGAUUGUUAUUCUUAUAUGUUUUAUGCCUGAAUCACCUCGUUGGCUCAUAUCCCAAAAUCGACAUGAAGAAGCUCAAAAAAUUAUUGAAAAAUAUGAUAAAUCUUUUGUUAUGCCACCGAUUUCUAUCAUGGAAACUUCAACAAUAAAAAGAAACUCAGUAUCAUCGUCAUUUGUAAAAUUGGAAAAACAAAAAAAUUUCUUUUAUUGCAAUACCGAAAGCUUGAGAAUUUUAUUUACAAACUCAGAUUUGAGAAAAAAAAUUUUGAUUGCGUAUAUUUUAUUUUACGUGUCUACAACUAUCUCUUAUUCACUCAUUUUUAACAGUGAUAACUUGAAAUUAGACCGUUUCAUUUAUAUGUCAGUGAUAGCAGCAACUGAAUUGACAGCUCACUUUGUGGCAUUAGUGCUUCUGAUAUAUUUAAGUUGUCGGAAAACACUUGUUUUAACUUACACAAUUGGAUUUAUUUUCAUGAUGGCUAUUCCGGCUAUUCCAGAAGAAAGUAAAAGCAUAAUGAUGGGAUUUGCACUGAUUGCUAAAUUUUGUUUGUCUAUUAUUUAUACCUCCAAACUUGUUCUUAUAGCCAAAUUAUUCCCUACCUCUGUUAAGAAUACUGCCAUGGGCACAUGUAUAUUAUUUUCUGAAAUAGGGGGUCUCACUACACCGUACAUUGUUGAUAUACUUGGAAGUGUUGCAUAUUGGGCACCAACAACUCUUUGCGGGGUUUUAUCUCUUUUCGCUGGAAUUCUUUGUCUUCUGAUACCUCGAAUUAAACCAAAGGACCAGUGUGAUUUCGAUGUGAAUAGACAAAUAACUGGAUCUGAUAAAAUUUUUAAUCAAGUAUACAGUACUAAUAUGUAUCCGUUGCACUUGAAAUUAAUUUUCCGUGCUUCUUAUUAUUCAGUAGAGGAUAUCUUAACAGUACCCAAAUAUUGGUGUUCUCCUCCAGAGCUUGUGAAAGCUAACUGGACGAUAGAUCAAAUAAAAAAUAUAACUGCUGUCGAUGAUUGCCAUUCUUACAAAUACAAUUAUACUUACUUAGCAAGUAAAGGAUACGAUAAAGUUUCACGAUAUGUAAAAGAUGUCAAGUUUUUACCAAGUAUAGAUUCUUGUUCGUCAUUUACUUUCGAUGAGAGUAAACGAUCAACAAUUGUCAAUGAGUGGAGCUUAGUGUGUGACAGAAAAUUAUAUCGAGCAAAUACAUUUCUCGUAUAUUCACUUGGAAUAGUCACUGGUUCUGGACUAUUGGGUACUUAUGCAGAUAAAUAUGGAAGAAAAAAUUCUUUGAUUAUCAGUAUAAUCUUUCAAGUUAUUGCUGGGCCAGCGAGUGCACUAGUACCGUGGUUUUGGGCUUAUAUGGUAUUCCGAUUUUUUACCGGAUUUAGCGUGGGGGCGAUGUAUUCUUCAGCAUUUACGAUCUUAUCCGAAAUCGCAAAAGGCAACAGAAGAAAAUUUUUUGCAGCAGGUCUUGAUGCUUCUUUUUCAUUUGGAACAUUCUUUUUGAUCGGCAUGGCGUAUUUUUUGCCGAAUUGGCGCCAACUACAAUUAGCUAUGUCAUGCUUCAUUCUUCCAAUGAUAAUUCUAAUUUGGUGGAUUCCCGAGUCGCCUAGGUGGUUAAUCUCUCAGAACCGUUACGACGAAGCUCAGAAGAUAAUUGAAAAGUAUUGUAAAUCGUUUGUCAUGACCCAAACUUCUGCUGCAGAAAACCAAACGAAUGAUUCUACUUUAUCAUCUUCAGAAUGUUCUCCAACGUUGGAAGAAAAAAAAGGUUUAAUGAUGGCAAUUAUUGCAGUUCCCGAAGACAAUAGAAAUAUAAUCGUUGGAUUAGCAUUAACAGCAAAAUUUUGUACAUCAGCAGGUUUUACUACUAACUUGGUUCUCAAUUCAGAGUUAUUCCCCACGAACGUCCGGAAUACGGCAUUUGGUACCUGCAUAGUAAUGGGACAAUUAGGUUCUUUAACCGCGCCGUAUGUUAUUGACUUACUUGGUAGUCUGAUUUGGUAUGCUCCGACCACAUUUUGCGGACUAUUGUCUCUCAAAGUUGGACUGCUGGGACUUUUGACGCCACUGACAAAAAUAGAUGAUGAAAAUGAUUUAAUGGAAAAUAAGGAAGAAAAAUUAGCGAAAAAAAAAGCCCUUUUAAAAGCUAUAGACGACUUAGGAGAAAGGUCUGCAUUUCUUUGGAUUAUUUUUGUCACCAAUUUUCUGACAAUGAUAUUAUUUGGAUUGAAUGCUACGUCUUAUAUUUUUAUCACUGAGAUACCCGAAUUUUUUUGUUCUAUCCCAGAGCUUACAAGAAAAAAGUGGACCAUAGAACAAAUCAAAAACGUUUCUAUUACUAAUAAAUGUCAAAAAUAUGAUUAUAAUUAUACACAAUUUGCGGAGUUAGGAUACGAUGAAGCCCUAAAAUACAUUGCGAACAGUGAAUCAAAUCCUCAUAUAAUUUUCUGCCCAUCGCUUACAUUCGAAGAAAGUGGAAGAUCAACAAUUAUAAAUGAGUGGGAUCUAGUCUGUGAUAGAAGUUUAUGUCGACCACUUACAUAUUCAAUGUUCGCAUUCGGGAUGACGUUUGGUUCAGGUAUAUUAGGUAUAUAUGCAGACAAACAUGGACGGAAAACUUCAUUAAUUAUUAGUAUAAUAUUGCAAACAAUUGUUGGUCCUGCAAGUGCAUUGGUUCCCUGGUUUUGGGCAUUUAUCAUUUUUAAAUUUCUCACUGGAGUAAGCAUAGGCGCGAUGUAUUCUUCUGCAUACACUAUAUUAACAGAAGUUGCUAGAAGUAAAAGAAUAAAGGUGUUUGCAGCUAUUUUGGAUGCUACAUAUUCGAUUGGUACUUAUUUCGUUAUAGGUAUGGCUUAUGUCUUACCAAAUUGGAGACAUUUACAAUUAGCAAUAUCAUGUUUCAUUCUUCCAAUGAUAAUUCUAAUUUGGUGGAUCCCCGAGUCGCCUAAAUGGUUAAUCUCUCAGAACCGUUACGACGAAGCUCAGAAGAUAAUUGAAAAGUAUUGUAAAUCGUUCGUCAUGACCCAAACUCCUGCUGCAGAAAACCAAACGAAUGAUUCUACUCUAUCAUCUUCAGAAUGUUCUCCAACGUUGGAAGAAAAAAAAGGGUUCUUUAUGCGAAAUUCCGAAAGCUUGCGAAUCCUGUUCACGCAAUCAGAUUUAAGGAAAAAAAUUUUGUUCAUGUACUUUUCAUAUUACGUUACCACGGUAGUAAGCUUAUCACUAGUUUUCAGUAUCGAUAACUUCAAAGCAGAUCGCUAUAUUUACAUGUCAGUAGUAGCGCUUAAUGAAAUAAUUGCACAUGUGGGGAUUUUAGUAGUCCUCAUGUUUGUGAGUCCUCGAAAACUACUGGUUAUCGUAUACAUGAUUGGGGCCGUUUUGACAAUUUCCAUUUUGGCGGCUUCAGAGGAAAAUAAAACUAUGAUUAUGGGACUAGCAUUGGCUGCUAGAUUUUGCACAUCAGCUAGUUUUACGAUUAAUUUAGUACUUACUACAGAAUUAUUUUCCAGUAACGUCAGAAAUACUGCCUUAGGAACCUGUGUUGUAACGGGUCAACUUGGAUCGUUGACGGCUCCAUAUAUUGUUGACAUACUAGGAAGCAUUGCAUUUUGGGUGCCAACAACUCUUUGCAGUAUUUUAUUCCUCUUGGCUAGUCUUUUCGGCCUUAUUUUACCUCGGCCGGAACUUGAAGAAGAAGAAAAUCCACUGGGUGUGAAAGAAGAUGUAACUAAAUCUUAGCGAAAUUUUAGUGCAAUUUAUUUACAUUAAAAAUAAUGAAUUAUAAAACUCAAUAAAAAUUUUUGAAAAAAAAAAAAAAAUUUAUAAAAUUUUUCCGUACAAUAUUUAGAAAGUUAAAUUAAUAAAUUUAAAGUAUUUUUACAAAAUAACUUCUCAAUUAUAUAAAUGAUUUAAAAAAUAAGCGGCUCAAUUGUUUGGAUAAUAAAACCUAUUUUUGGUGAUUAAGUGGACUAAAUUAUUUAUUACAUCAUUAAUUUUUUUCUGUACAUAAGAGAUAAAAAAUCUUUUAAAAUUCAAAAAUAUUCCACAAAAAUGAUUCUAAAUUGCGAUAACACUUGACGGUUUAUGUAAUGUAAGAUUAAAAAAAAUACUUUGAUAUCUUUAACAACAAAAUAAACAAAAGUGGUUUGGGCCACUAAUUAUCAUUGAAAAAAUGACUCUUGUAUUUGACUGAAAAACAUCCAUGAUCAUACUCUCUA